AUGAUACUGAAUACCGUCGGCUUUCUGUUCUUACUCGCUGGCCAGGCGCGGGGCCAGUCGGUGAGCAUACGGAUUCCUGUGUGGAAUCUAGCAGAUCUGUACGCUCGACUUACGGGUACGGGAUCUAACUCUGCAGCAGGGUCGACCAAUGCCAACGACCAGGCGGAAGCAUAUGACCAAUAUCUGAGAGACUAUUAUAGCAACUACUGGGAGAGCUUCUACCAGAGUCAAGCGGAGUAUGGUCCAUACGGAAACUUUGGGAAUGGGUUUCCGGGUUCCCCAACUACCACCGAGGCUCCUGCUACGACUCCAACCACCGCAGCACCAACAUCAACCACAAUUCAGUAUAUGGACUUCUGCCAAGUUUUCCCUCAGCUUCCCCAGUGCCAAGAAUCCAGUACUGCACCCACUCCAACCACCUCGACUGCAACUCCCAUCACAACACAAGAACCAACCACAACGGAGUCGCUUUGCGCUGUUUUUCCUCACCUCCCAGUGUGUCAAGUAUCGACCACAACUGAAGCUUUAACAACCUCCACAGCGAUUCCGCCAACAGAUUCUACAACAAUUGGGAGCUCAACAACAUCCACUGCCAUUCCACCGACGGAUUCCACAACUCUGUCAGAUUCCACAACAUCCACAGCGAUUCCACCAACAGAUUCUACCUCAGCUGGAAGUGCAACAACAUCCACAGCGAUUCCACCAACAGAUUCUACCACAUCUGGAAGUGCUACAACAUCCACAGCGAUUCCUUCAACAGAUUCUACCACAUCUGGAAGUGCCACAACGUCCACAGCAAUUCCACCGACGGAUUCUUCAACAUCCACAGCGAUUCCUUCAACAGAUUCUACCACAUCGGGAAGUGCAACAACGUCCACAGCAAUUCCACCGUCGGAUUCCACAACUCUGUCAGAUUCCACAACAUCAACUGCGAUUCCACCAACAGAUGCUACCACAGCUGGAAGUGCAACAACAUCCACAGCGAUUCCUUCAACAGAUUCUACCACAUCUGGAAGUGCUACAACGUCCACAGCGAUUCCACCAACAGAUUCUACAACAGCUGGAAGUGCAACAACAUCCACAGCGAUUCCUUCAACAGAUUCUACCACAUCGGGAAGUGCUACAACGUCCACAGCGAUUCCACCAACAGAUUCUACCACAGCUGGAAGUGCAACAACAUCCACAGCGAUUCCUUCAACAGAUUCCACCACAUCUGGAAGUGCUACAACGUCCACAGCGAUUCCACCAACAGAUUCUACCACAGCUGGAAGUGCUACAACAUCUACAGCGAUUCCACCAACAGAUUCUACCACAUCUGGAAGUGCUACAACGUCCACAGCGAUUCCACCAACAGAUUCUACCACAGCUGGAAGUGCAACAACAUCCACAGUGAUUCCUUCAACAGAUUCUACCACAUCGGGAAGUGCUACAACGUCCACAGCAAUUCCACCGUCGGAUUCAACAACUCUGUCAGAUUCCACAACAUCAACUGCGAUUCCACCAACAGAUUCUACCACAGCUGGAAGUGCUACAACAUCCACAGCGAUUCCACCGACAGAUUCUACUACAGCUGCAAGUGCAUCAACAUCCACAGCGAUUCCCUCAACAGAUUCUACCACAUCCAAGUGCUAGUCCACAGCUAUUCCACCAACAGAUUCUACCACAGCUGGAAGUGCCACAACAUCUACAGCGAUUCCACCGACAGAUUCUACUACAGCUGCGGGUGCAACAACAUCCACAGCGAUUCCUUCAACAGAUUCUACCACAGCUGGAAGUGCUACAACAUCCACAGCGAUUCCUUCGUCAGAUUCCACAACUCUGUCAGAUUCCACAACAUCUACAGCGAUUCCUUCAACAGAUUCUACCACAUCUGGAAGUGCUACAACGUCCACAGCGAUUCCUUCAACAGAUUCUACCACAUCGGGAAGUGCUACAACAUCCACAGCGAUUCCACCAACAGAUUCUACCACAGCUGGAAGUGCAACAACAUCCACAGCGAUUCCUUCAACAGAUUCUACCACAUCUGGAAGUGCUACAACGUCCACAGCGAUUCCACCAACAGACUCUACCAGAGCUGGAAGUGCCACAACAUCCACAGCGAUUCCACCGACAGAUUCCACAACAUCUACAGAUUCAACAACGUCCACAGCGCUGCCUUCUUCCAGUAGCACCACAGAAGUUGUAGAAUCAACAACUGAAUCCUCCCUUUGUAUAACAUUUCCCCAUCUUCCGGUGUGCCAAGGAGCUAAAACCGUUCCCUUGGAAACUGGUAAUGAAUCGAGUAUCGCUAAGGUGAAGCCGGAUCAGCAGUUGUCCGUCAUAUCGGAGCCUCACUCUGUGACUUCGCUCUGUUUUUACUAUCCUCGUCUGUGUCUAAAGCCCGAGCAGGCGCAGUUCGUGCGCUUGUCAGACGGGACUGGAAAGCCGCUCCUGCUAAUAUCACCAAUCAUCGAUGGAAGAGCAGCGACCCAGGAUCAUCCAACAUUGUGGCGUGCUCUAAGAAAACACACCAGAGAAGCAGCUUCUCAGAGCUCUUGUGUUGCAGAUGUCCCAAGGGCAUCAUCAUCGGCUUUAUUAUCCCAUACAACCUCUUCCUCCUCCACUGCCUCAGCGGCCCUUGCGACCACUAAGACCACUGAGACCCCUUCGUCCGAAUCGACCGAGACCCAAACCAACUCGAAGUCUACAUCCAGUACAACCAGUACAACAUCCACGUCAACAUCAACCACUGAAGCUCCCUCGAGUUCAUCAACGAGUGAGGCUUCAACAACGACCCAGUCAUCCACCAGCACAACAAUUGCUCCUGCAACAAACUCCACAACUCCAAGCUCCGUAAUAUCAAGUUCCACAACAACAGGGUCCACAGCAACAGGAACCUCGACAACGGGAAUUGCAAUUUCCAGCCGAUAUAGAAAUCGAGUACAGAAUCACCGACUGCUCAUUCGCUCUGCACCUUUUUUCCACAUCUACCAGCCUGUAGCGCAUCUUUGUCCACCCAGAGCUAUGCCCUCCAAGCCCCGACAGUGCUCAGUGUGGCAUCCGGAAGUGGGUCUCCGACCUGAACAGAAGUUAACAGUGCAGUCCCCGCCCCAGUCCAUGACCUCACUGUGUCACAACUACCCUCGCCUCUGUGCCCAGCCAGAGGAGGCGCAGUAUGUCCGUCUAACCGAUGGGAAUGGGACGCCGAUGCUCCUUAUAUUCCCAGGUCGGGAAAAAGUGCAGCCAGCGCCCAAGCAAGCCCCCCAACGGCCGACAACAACAACAACAACACCAACAACAAAUCCAACUGAACCCUCAGGACUGAGCCCAUCAGAGUAUUCCCUAUGCGAAACAUUUCCGCAUCUCCCGAUCUGCCAGGAAAUUAGAUCCGUGCAUCUGGAGGAAAAUGAUAAUAGAGUUCCAACAGUGCUGAGUGAAAGCCCCGAGCUCGGGUCUGAGCAGCAACUGCAGCAGCUAACCAUUACAUCGGAGGCCCAUUCCGUGUCCUCGCUCUGCUUUCACUAUGCCCAGCUGUGCAGGAAGCCGGAGGAGGCGCAGUUUGUGCGCCUCACCGAUGGACAAGGCAAGCCCCUGCUGCUGAUCUACCCCGCUGCGGAGGCAGAGUAUCCGCUUGCCUUGGGUAAAUCCUUCAGUGUUAUGUCGAAACCCACUCGAAGACCUUCCUGGCAGCGGAAUUUGCCAAACGAACCGUAA